AUGUCCACAAACCCUUUCCGCCAGACUAACCGUAGUUCGUUGAAGGGCCCUGGCGGCAGCAACAUCCCCCACGCUCCAUCUCCGGACCCUCGCGGCACCAGCUCAACUCCUCUGACAGUCGAUACCAGAGUCCCCAGUGUUUCCCAGAAACAUGUGAAUUUCGCAUCUCCCCCGGCGAUUCCCAUAUCGCCGGUCUCAUAUCCUCCAUCUCCAGAAUCUACACGGCAGGACUUCUCUUCUCCCUUCCCCAGUCCCGGGGCAAACAUUCCUCCUGCGACAGACUAUAUCCAGGCUCUGAGAAAGGAUCCCUUUGCCGAGGAAGCAUCCGAUCUCGAGGACGAUGCACUGAUCGGAGUCGCAUUGGAGAAUGCAAGAGCCAAUACAGCCAUCACAGAUUCAGCCUCAGCCUCAAUCUCAUAUACUUCGGACAAUUCUAAACAGGAUGCAGUAAGAGAUACGCUGAGCCGGUUUGCUAGUACUCCUCGGAGGCUCCCUGGCAAUCAAGCCUCCGCAGUGAAAGAACACAGUGGGAGGCCAACUAUGGACGUGGAUGCCUUCAAGAGAUUGCUGCUUACAGGAGAACCAGGAGCUCCAUCUUUCGUUGUGCGGGAUACUGUGGUGCAGAGUAUUCACACAGGCCCUGUCCAAACUGUAAGUGACAGUGGUUCCAGCGCCGACACGGCCUCAAUUUCACAGCACUCGAUCUUUGAGACAGUUGCGCCUCCGCCUAACGGGAGCCCUCGGACCUCGGAUGAUCUGGACGCACAUGAAGCAGACGAGCAAAGGGCGAGCCUAGGAACAGCCUCAGAGGGUAGGAAGAAGCCUGCUCCGCCAAAGAGUCGACGGGGAAAGCCUCUACGAGAUUCGUGGGGAGAACAAGCUCCGACAGCGACGUUUGACAGUUUCAUCAAUUCGCUUGCAUUGCCCGAUAGUCGAGAUAUCAGCGCAGAAAUGUCCGGUCCAAAGUCCCCUCCCGCUGAUGGGAGUCCUGCGAACGAGCGAGUUGCUAAGACUGGCGGAAUUGAAGCACACAAGCGAGUACCACCGGCACCUCCGUUAGCUCGUCGGAAGAGCCAGCAAGCACCCCGCAAACCAAAUCUGACCCGAAACAGCUCAUCACGACACUCCGUACUCAGUGACAUCGAGGUGCCCUCAAGUCCGGCGGAUCUGACCUCUACACCUAGAAUCCCUCCACCACCUCCUUUGCGGCGGUCAACCGGGACCGGCGAGCGGAGACCUUCCCUAGAAAAUGACCCUCCUGCUCCUAUUGCAGAAACCGCCGGCGCUAUCCACGAACUGUAUCAUGGAGAGGUCGCCGCACCCGAAUCGAGUUUCGGCCUGUCCAAUACUACCCCAGUGGUUACUAAGCGAAUGAGUCAAAUGCAUCCUCCCCCAGUGCCGCCACCUCGCCGGGGCCGAGGGUCUAGCAGAGGUAGUGCUGAAACGCAACGGCCAUCAAUGGCCGUAUUGGGAAUGACAGAACAUGGACGCAGCGAUUCUACCGCGAGAAGCUCAAUGGAAACGAGGGACAUCCUGGCGGAUCUGGCUGCUCUUCAGAGAGAGGUCGACGCUGCUAGGGCAAGUGCACAAGGAGGAUGA